UUGUGACAUUUAAAUAAUUUUUCAAAAAAGGAAAAUAAAUAAUUAGGUACUAGGUACCUUUAACUAGUCGAAUAAACCAGAACAACUUUGUGUCUGUAGUUUGUUCCUUUUUAUCUACGUAGUGGUGAAAUGUAAGUUAGAUACUUAUUUAUAUGUAGAUAUAAUGAUGUAUCUCUAAAUUGAGAUUAAAGCCUUCUUUAAGAAACCACUAUGUGGAAGUAUGUAACUCGACGGCUCCGGGAUACCUUAGAAAGAAGCGCCAACCACUUUGAUAAGCGAAGUUCUGCUGGAGUUGUAAAUUCAAACAAUCCACCAGAUAACAAUAAUUCGAAGCCUAAUGCUCCUAGUUGUUGGUUUUCUACCAGGAAAUGUUGGAAUUCGUAUGAUUAUGACAACAAUGCUAAAAGCAAGAGAUGGAACUUUGAGGAUUUAAACCGAACAUGGCUUGGUGCUAUUACAUGGAGCAGUGCAUUGGUAUUUGGAUGGUAUUCAAGUCAAUUGCUACACCUAAAACUAAAAAAUGAAUUAAAAGGGGGAAAAUGCAUCAAUCUCUCAAUCAACUCUAUUUUUUCUUCUAUUGGCAACAGUAAUGUGAAGAAAAUAGACUCUAUUUACGAAAUAGAAAAUAACAAGGAAAGCUUUCCUGUUGUGAAAUUGAUAUCAAAUGAAUUUUCUUCUGGGGGAACAUCAAGUAAUAAAAGCAGUGAGAGUUCCGAUGACGAUUUGGGAGAAGUUUUAAACUCAAUAGAAAACAGGCUGGGUUUGGCAGCAAUUGAGAAUGGUCAACACAAGGAUGGAUUAAAUUUGUUGAGGUCUGCUGCAAAUAGACACCACGCACCAGCACUCUACAACUUAGGGCUUUGCUAUGAGCAAGGUCUUGGGGUUGAUAUUGAUGAAAAAGCUGCUAUGGAGUUGUAUCGAUCAGCCGCAGCACUUCAACAUCCCGGAGCUCUUUAUAACCUGGGCAUCUAUUAUGGUCAAGGACGUGGUGGACUGAACAGAGAUAGUAGCACAGCAACUCGUCUGUUACGUUUGGCUGCAGUACAAGGCCAGGAAGAUGCUAUUGCAGCUCUUAAUAAGCUUUCUAUAGAUGUUAAUGAGUCAUCAAUGAGUGAAAAGCCAUUUGUUCCAUUUGAAAAUGAACAUAUGCCUACACAAUCUAAAUUGUUUGUUCACAAUGUUAAUACUUUAGCUCAGUACAAUUACGAACCUAUUGUGUACUAAGAUAUCUACUUAUUUUUGUUCUUGUUUUAAAAAUGUCUUUAUAUACUAUUUUUUCUUUAUCGGUGUUUUGUUUUAGAGUGGUAAUUGUGAUCUUAUAAAUUUAGUUAAUAGGUACUGACAUAAUACAUAUGUUGCAUGGCGAACAAUUAUAUUAGCUUUAUGUAUCUUAAAACAUAUACGAAAUAUAAUUUCGUUACCUUUGAGCUAUGUAUGUACAUUGUAAUCUUUGUACUAAAUCUUUUGAGUUGAUUCUUUUAUAAAUUAACACACAUAAUAAUAUUAUGACAAUGGUUUAAUUACAUAGUUUGUAAUCGAAUAACAAUACAACCUUAGUUUGUCAUUGUGAGAAUUAAAUAAAAAGAUAAAAUUA